GCCCGCACGACGACAAUACCACCAUCUAGUCUUUGCCCGCACGACGACACAACCACCAUUUCAGUCUUCGCCCGUCACGCCAUCUCAUAACACACCAAGGCACGACCAUCCCAACCACAAUACACCAAGGCACGACCAGCGCGUACCACACCACUCUCCUCGCCAUCAUCGUCGUCGUCGACACCACUACCGCCAACCCAUCACCACCACCAUAACCACUUCCACCGUCGACAUGGCCUUUCUUCUCUACGGCAACGCGACCGACCCUUUCGUCGGCUUAAACGUCAGCGAAGGCGAACAGUUGAUCCACACCAUGCGCACCGUCGCAGGAUCCUACCAACUCCUCCCCGGCCCCAACAUCGAAUACGAAGACCUGCGCGACAUCAUCGAGUGGAGCGCCUGGAUCUACCAGGGCCGCGGCGCCCUGAAGAUGGCCAAGGUCCUUCGGGACACCUUGUGGAGGAGGAAGCUCUGCGGAGCGGAGGAAGACAUGUGGUUCCGCUUCACGCUGGAGAAGUGGCUGAUCCACGGCGCCGGAACUCCAAGCGGCCUGUCGUGGACGGAGCGCGACAGAUUGGCGGAGAAGAUGGACGAGCUGUACGCCACCACGGCGUGA